UGGGACUGUGAUUUGCCGAAAUUGUUUGUUGAAUCAACAACUUGUUCAACUUAUUUGGUUCAAUGAUUUUAUUAAUUCUGCUACCGGUUGCAAUUUUUACUUAUGUAUUUUUACGAAAUUUUAAAUUAUACUACACACUUCACAAAUGCGGCCUAAAUCCAAGAUUUGACAUUUUCGGAAUCAAGGGAUUGUUGUGGCUGGACAGCUCUGCCGCCCAUGAAAAUUUCACACGAAUGUGCUCAAUGAUCGGUGACCAAACGUUUUCUGUGCUCCGCGGAGCCACACCAGUCGUUAUUACGAGCAAUGUUGAUUUGAUUCACGCAAUAUCUACAGAACAUUUUGACUGCUUCCAUUCUAGAAUUCCGGAAAUCUUAUCCGAUGAUCCAAUUACAUCUGACAAUAUUCACAUGUUUGCUGCCAAAGGUGAGCGUUGGAAGCGCCUCCGGACACUAACAAGCUAUGGAUUGUCUACAGUCAAACUGAAAUUGCUAUUUCCAACCAUGGACACUUGUGUUUCUGAAUUUAUGGAUCACGUGAACAGCCUGUCAGAUGGUCAGAGUGUUGUUAUCAAUCAUUCCCAUAGUUUAUUUCAAAACCAUACGUCUUAUGUGUUAGCCCGGUGCGCUUAUGGUCACAAAGAGAAAAACCACAGAGUGAAUAACUUUCUGGGUGUUUUCAGCAAGGCGUUUGGAAAUUUUGCAGAGCUGCAAAAGUCGACUGCAGAAAAAAUUGCUUAUAUCUUCCCAGAAACAAAGCUAAUUUUUAAAAAUAGUUUUGUCGGACACUUCCUAAAAAGUGCAACUCAACAAAAAUUCCUGGAUUAUUUACUUCACCUUAUCUCCAAUUUCCAAUCUCGGAAAAAUGUUGAUAACAAUAAUGGAAUAUGCUGCACGGAAAACGAUCAUUACAGUCUGCUCGGAUUCUUUUUUGAACAUCACAAUGAGAAGAAGCUGAUCGAGAAGGCAGAAGGGCAAAUUGAUAUGAAAAAAGUGAAAGUCGAGAAGAGUAUCUCCUAUGAGGAAAUUACGGCACAGUGCAAGUUUAUCUCUGUGGCCGGGUUUGACACUACAUCCAAUACGCUGACUUUGCUUUUCAACUUUCUUGCUAAUAAUCCGGAUGUUCAGGACAAAAUCUACGAGGCUGAAAUAAAGAAUCAACCGGAACAAAUCAGCUUUGAAACUGUAUCUUCUCUUCGACUACUCCAAAAUUGUAUUUUUGAAACAUUGCGACUUUUUCCACAUGCUUCACCGCUACAAACUCGAAUUUGCACGGAGCCAUUUAAAAUCGGAAAAUAUCAGUUUUUGGAAAACGUACAAAUCGUUGUUAACCCCUGGGGCCCUCAUCACGAUCGAGAAAUUUGGGGAAACGAUGUUGAUUGUUUUCGGCCAUCUAGAUUCGAAAAUCUAACCGAACAACAAAGAAAGGCAUUCAUGCCGUUUGGUGUCGGGCCAAGACAAUGCGUUGGAAUGCGGUUUGCACUGCUGGAAAUGAAAACAACUGCUUUUCGAAUGCUGCAAAAAUAUUCCGUCUUUACAAACUCACCGGUUCACGACAGACACGGGAAAACGGUUCGGAUGACUGUCCGAGAUACAGGAACAAUCUGGCCAACUGAUAAAUUAGGACUUGUUUUGAAACAACGCUAGCCUUCUCAUAUUAUAUGAUGAACAUUUAAAAACAAAUUGUUCAUUUAUUAAUUUC